AAAUGACAGACAGACGAUAAAAUUCUAACCUUUAAGCGUGUUGUUUCUGUGACUUUUAAUUUAUUACAAAUUAAUAACAAUUUAAUCGAAUAUAUUGUACCAACAUGGCUUUACAUAGAUGUAUACUCCUAUCCACAAGACAAUUGCCAAAGCACCUGGUUAUUCAAACAAAUGUGAACCAAACAUUUAGUGUUUCAAGACAGAACUACAGCAGUGACACUGCUAGGAAAUAUACUAAUAGGCAUGAGUGGGUUACUGUAGAUAAAGAUAUAGGGACUGUUGGUAUAAGUAAAUAUGCUCAAGAAUCUCUCGGUGAUGUGGUUUUUGCUCAGCUUCCCGAUGUUGGUACAAAAUUACUAGCAGGUGAUGAGUGUGGAGCACUAGAGAGUGUUAAAGCAGCUAGCGAAAUAUAUUCCCCAGUAACUGGAACAGUGACAGAGAAAAAUAAACAAGUGGAAGGUAAACCCGGUUUAAUUAACACAUCAUGCUAUGAUGAAGGGUGGUUAUUUAAAUUAAAACUCACUAAACCUGAAGAGAUAAAGGAUCUCAUGGAUGAAACACAAUAUGAGCAAUUUUUGAAGACUGACGCUGAACAAGAACACUGAUAAGGGCUAUUGUUAGCCCAUUUGCUAAUAAUGUUACUGAUUCAUUCACAGAAGAUAAACUUAUGUUAAGUUUAUAAAAG